CUCUGUCUUGAUUUUUUUUAACAGACUUAACAGGCACUUAACCACAGAUAGUAGUUGCUCAUUUUCAUCCGUUCGUCCAAAGUCCAAAUUUCGAUUGUCUGCGCCAAAAUCUCGCGUAACUAUUAUAGGAGCAAAGAAAACUGCGUUCGUGCUUUCAUAAAAAAAAACCUAUAAGUUGGUUCAAGUGGUUAACAGGUAGGUAGGUACUAAACAAAACCCGUCCGCCGACCAUGUCAAUGAUAAUAAAAUAUAAUAAUAACAUAGUACAAUAAUAAUAUUAGUCUAAUCAUAGAAAUAAUUGACAAAGUCCAUACCGGAAUAGGCCGGCAAUAGGCGUGAUAAAAGAAAGUUUACUUUACCGUGGGAAUGUCACUAUAAAAAACUGUUAGGUUAGCUAGUCAGUUGUACUAUAGAUGUAGUCGAUGCGUCCACUCACGUGACUUUGUCAUUUCAGCUCACUAUUAUCUCCGAAUUGUCGUUGUUCUCUGUUUUUGAUUCCCAUCUCUUGUGUAUGCGGUUUGGCCCGUGCCAUGUCUAUCGCAUGGCUUUGAACCUCCGACUUAGUGUCUACUCGCCGCGGUACCUAUACCUGCGCUAGUAUUAUUCGAAGGAGGUAUGGCUCCCAACAGUUUACACAAUUUGAAAAAGCGAAAGCGACCAGCACCGCCUGCGAAUCUCGAAGACGAAAAUUGUAAUGACGAGGAUCAAAUCAGAGUGGGAUCUGAUUACCAGGCUGACAUCCCAGAGCUUUUGUUACGUCCAGAAAACAAGCAUAAACAGCGUCCAAAAUCACUUAAACUUUGGUUUCCACCCAAAAAAAUCUCAGAAGUCCAAUUAAAUGAUUACAUAUUGCUUUCAAAAAAUAAAUAUAGUUAUGACACUGAACAGUGUUUGGGCUUGCUUUACUGGAAUAAACACAACUUGGAAAAGUCUAUUCGUGAUCUAUCAAAUUUUUCACCCCAUCCAAACUGGUCGAUUCUUGAUAAGUCUAAUUUUGAAUCUGCCUUUAACAAGUUUGGGAAAGAUUUUGUACAGAUUAAUAAAAUGCUUCCUGAUAAAUCAUUAAAAUCAAUAAUAUGUUAUUAUUAUUCGUGGAAAAAAAAGAAAACUGAGGGGUGGACUAUUAAAUCAGUCAAUAAAUUAGAACAUAUUUGUGCAAGCAUGAUUGAGAAUGGGCAUAGUGAUAAAUCUAGUUCAGCAAAAUCUGAGCCUGAUAACACAGUUUUCACCACCACAAGACAAGUAUGUUAAUACUGAUCUUAUGUUAAUGAUGAUCGUCAA